UAACUUGCACGGCACAUUUAUGUUUUAUUGCUGCAUUUAAUAUCUGUGUGGUAAAUUAUUCGAUAAAUUUUAAUUGAAAAAUAUUUUAUUAUUUUCUAUGGUGGUAGCUGGUAACAUUGAAAUAUAUGACUUUAAGCAAAUGACAAAAGUAGGUUACCAGUAGUAUACAUUGUAAUUAUUGGUUAGGUUAGCUACAUUACAAAUACUGUGAUAUUGAUAAAAUAGAGGGGGACUAGUUUAAAUCGUGAUACCAUAAUGCUAUUGAUGGCUUCGUUGACAUUACCAUCAAUAUUUUUCUACGCGACAAGCAUGGGAAUAAGGUUUUGUGCUAGGAACAUUCACACACUUGUUUUGCACAAAAUAAGUACAUGUCUUUAUUAAACUAACUUUCGGGUAUUGUAUUUUACACUACAGCCCUACUUAUUAUAGUUUAGAACUCAACCUCGACAAUAUAUUACCCAUGAUGUUGCAUUAUAUACUACAGUCCUGUCCGGUUCAGUAUAUUUUGCAGUUAUAAUUUAAAUAUUUAUUUUAACUACGGUUUGAACGUCCUAGGAAUCAUAAAGUAUACUUAUUUCUUAUGUAUUCUUGUUUAGGACAUGAUACUGAAGAUAUAUUACUUUCCUCAAGAAAUAUAUCUUGUGCUAAACAAACAUGAAUCUUCCUAGUCCUAAAUUCUCUUCCUGUGCUUGUACCGUAGAAGGUCGUAAUUACUUCAGCACCACCUGGCUUCAUAAAUUUCACUACCAUAUUGCAAAUGGUGCUUAUUAAGUAUUUCGGUCAAUUCACUACCGUAAAAAUUUUGUGUGGUAAUUAAAAUCCCACAAUCUUGCACUCCUGAGUCAACACAACUAAAGUAAUGGUUAUUAGAACUGAAUUAGGCCUAUAAUAUUUGAAGUAGAUAAUCUGGAUACUUACCAACAAUAUUGAUGAAGGUUUCUAGAAAGGAGAGUUAGCAGAGCCUAGCAGUAGUGAAAUGUGGGAGUCCGACACUCUUGCCAAGGAUAUGUCAAAUCCAGAUGAAUAUUCAAUUUUUUAUCUUGGCAGUUUGCUUCAUAGGCUAUGUGUCAGCCGACCAGCCAUGCAUACGGCGGAUGUACAAAGCUGACAGGAUGGUGUGUGUUUGCAAUGCGACGUACUGUGAUACGAUAGACAAGGCAGUGCCUGUACCGAAAGGCCAGUUUAUUAAGUACACCUCUAGCAAGCAAGGACUGCGUUUCCACAAGACUAAUGGAUCAUUUUCCACUGCUGGGAAACAGAAUACAGGGGUCUUUCUUGAAGUUUCGUCCAAUAUAACUUACCAGUCUGUCAUUGGUUUUGGGGGAGCUUUCACGGAUUCGGCUGGCAUCAACAUUGACUCUAUCAGUUCAGCAGCAGGAGAAAAGCUUUUGAAGUCUUAUUUUUCCCCAGAAGGCAUUGAGUUCAAUAUUGGAAGAGUGCCUAUAGCUGGCUGUGAUUUCUCGACUCACACAUACACCUACAAUGAUGCUGUGGGGGACAUUAAUCUUACACACUUCAAGUUGACGGAGGAAGAUUAUAAGUACAAGAUUCCUUUCCUCAAGUAUGCGCAGACAAUCAGCCCUAAGCAAAUCCUCCUUAUUGGUGCCUCAUGGUCUGCUCCUCCCUGGAUGAAAACUAAUGACGACUACUCGGGAUUUGGCUUUCUGAGAGAAGAGUACUACCAGGCUUGGGCUGACUACCACAUCAAGUUCUUGGAUGCGUACAAGAAGGAAGGAAUUCAUUUCUGGGCCAUAUCGAGUGGCAAUGAACCUUCGAAUGGAAUAAUACCAGUAAAUCGCUUUAACUCUCUUGGCUGGUCUCCUUUCUCCCAGAAGCGAUGGAUAGAAAAGAACCUCGGACCAUCGUUGCACGCAUCUCUUCAUAGAGACACUAAGCUGUUAGCUCUGGAUGACCAGCGCUUCAUGUUGCCUUGGUGGAUAAAUAUCCUGAUGUCGGACAGGCUGGCUGCUUCAUAUGUGGACGGAGUGGCCGUCCACUGGUACUGGGACAGUCUGCUGCCCGCACGGCUUCUGGACUGGACCCACGACAACCACCCGGACAAGUUCAUCAUCUCCACGGAGGCCAGCGUCGGUGACAAGCCCUGGCAGUUUGAAAAAGUUGCCUUGGGUUCAUGGUCUCGUGGAGAAGCAUACAUGGAUGACAUCAUUGAGGAUUUCAGCCAUUGGGUGACCGGCUGGGUUGACUGGAACCUUGCACUGGAUCCACAGGGUGGCCCCAACUGGGCCCGUAACUUUGUUGAUGCCGCAGUCAUCGUGAACGCUACGGCGGACGAGUUCUACAAACAACCCAUGUUCUACGCUGUGGGACACUUCUCCAAGUUUGUGCCGAGAGGUUCUGUCCGAAUAGACGUUCAGCCUGGGGAACAAGCGGGACUGAGGGCGGUCGCUUUCCAGACCCCGGACCAAGCGGUAGUCAUCGUGGUUUAUAACAAGCAGGAACACGAAAUUCCACUCUCUAUUCAUGAUCCAAGGCGAGGCCUCCUUAACUUAUCUGUUGAAAGGAAUUCAUUUAGUACUAUUUUGUACUGGUAAUGUAUAUAUAUUGAUGCAUAUGUAAAUACUCAUUAUCAAUAAAAUUCUUAUUUUUUUAA